AUGGCACACAUCAUAGAUAAGGAUCCCGAGUUCGCGAAGACGACCACAGCUGCUAUCGAACCAGUCAACGACAAUGUUAGCAGCAGAAGCCCCACGAAAGGUGAUCUUUCAGACACUUUGUACAUCGACCCGACCGCGGAAAGGUCAUAUGUUCGAAAAUUGGACAUGUACCUCUUGCCAGUUUUGUCCGUCAUGUACUUCUGCCGUUUCACAACCGGAGGUAACAUUGGUAAUGCAAAAACUGACGGACUUGACGACGAUCUUGGUCUCCAUGGCGAGGAGUACAGUCUUAUGAUGACUCUCGUAAAUGUCCCCUUCGUCCUGCUCGAGCCCGUGCAAACAAUGAUGGUCAAACGGUACGGUGGUCGAAUUGUAAUUCCAUCGCUCCUUUUCGGAUGGGGCGUUGUGUCGAUCUGUCAAGCCGCAGUGGUCAAUUAUGCCGGAAUCCUCACCUGCCGACUGAUAAUUGCGUGCUUUCAAUCGGGAUUCUUUUCUGGAUGCAUUUUCUACCUCACGCUCUUCUACAAGCGCGACGAGCUUGCCUUUAGGAUCGCGGCUUUCUACGGAUCAGCGACCAUUGCGGGUGCUUUCACCGGAUUGAUCUCGUACGGCGUAUUUCAAAUCCACAGCUCAUUGCAAGGCUGGAAGAUUCUUUUCCUGAUUGAAGGUGCAAUGACUCUGGGUUGGGGAGCAAUUUCCUUCUGGCUAAUUCCAUCCACUCCGGCCGACUGCAAAUGGUUGACAGCGGAGGAGAAGACCGCGGCGAGAGCUCGUCUCAUGAAGGACUCCACCACCGAAAUUGGAAACAAAUUCAGCGUCAUCGCAGGCCUUCGGGCCUUAAUAGAACCGAAGAUGUGGUUUUUCAUGAUCCUCUGUGUCAGCUACGGUGUUGCAACCAAAUCCACCGGAACAUUCUUGCCCCAAAUUGUGGCUCGUCUCGGCUACAGCGUUAUCAAGACCAAUCUUUAUACUGUCGCACCCAACCUGGUUGGCUGCGUGUUCACCUUGGUUGUAACGUGGUCCAGUGACCAUUUCCAAGAGCGCACGGCACACCUGUGCACCGGCCUGUCAUUCACGAUGGUUGGUUAUCUAAUGCUUGCUGGACUGGAUCCGAUCAAGAACAAAGGACCGAGCUACGCCGGAGCCUUCUUCUUGAGUAUGGGAACUUAUAUUCCGUCCUGCUUGGUGCAUAGUUGGCACAAUAAUAUCAAACCCGAUGAAAAUUCACGAGCAAUGAUCACCGGUGUCAUGGUGGCAUGUUCAUCUAUUGGCGCCAUAAUCUCUGCACAGAUGUUCCGUGACGCCUGGGCGCCAAAGUACGUGCAAGCCUUGGGAGUCACAGGAGGGUUUCAAGCUCUGGCUAUUAUGGUGACGGCGGGGUUGGGUAUCUGGAUGCGUAGACAGAACAAGAAACGAGAUCGGGCAAUGGGUCUUACGACGCCGCUCAAGCCCGGGGACACUCCUCAAUGCGAUUUGGUGAAUGGUGAGAAAGAUAUCAGAUUCAGAUAUUGGACUUAA